AUGGCUUCACUCAAGGGCAUCCGGAUGCAGCUAUGGAUAUUGGGCACGAUCCGCGCGACCGAGGCGCUGGCCUGGUCGAGUAUCUUCCCGUACGCGUACUACAUGAUCCGGUCGUUUGGGCAGGUGCCCGAGGCGGACGUGGCUUUCUGGGCCGGCGCGCUGGUCGCCGUCUUCGCCUUCAGCGAGUUUCUCAGCGGCAUGGUCUGGGCCCGGGUCGGCGACGCCAUCGGUCGGAAGCCGACGCUGCUGAUUGGUGUUGCCACCGGCAUUGCCACCUCGGUCUGGUUCGGGCUCUCGCGGUCCGUCGCCGCCGCCGUCGCUGCGCGCGCGUUUGGCGGCCUGUUUAAUCCGAAUGUCGGUAUGGUCCAGACGUGCGCCGGCGAGCUGGCCAGGAAGGAGCAGCAAGCAAAAGCCUUCUCGCUCGUUACGUUUAUCCGGUCUCUCGGCAACCUGAUCGGGCCCGUCCUCGGAGGCCUGCUCGCAGACCCUGUCGCCCACUAUCCAGGCGUGUUCCGGUCAGACUCCGCCUGGAAUCUGUGGGAAAAGUUCCCGUAUCUCCUCCCCAAUCUUGUCAUCGCUUUGCUGCAGACUCUGACGUUGUGUGUGACAUUCUUCUGCUUGAGGGAAACUCACCCCCGGUUCGCAAGCCGCUGCGAUGUCGGGCUUGCCGCUGGUCGGCGUGUGGUCAGGAUGUUGCGGUGGAGGAGCGCCGGCAAGGACUAUGCCUAUAUCCCGCUCAGCGGCUCUGGCAUAGACAGGGGGACACGGGCCUCGGAAGAGCCUGAACGCCAACGGCCUGUUGAGGAAACAGGCGACGACGCGCAAACCGAAACGCUCGACGACCCGGUAAAGACCCCUUCGGCACAGGCGUUCACACGCCAAGUCAUCCUGCAAGUCCUCUCCCUCUCGCUGCUGGCAUUCCACAAGGUGUCUUCCGACAGCAUCACAGGCACGUUCCUGGCCUUGGAGCCGUCUCCCACCGGAGACCAUCAGCAGCAGGGCAACAGCACGACCCCUUCCGCAACAGUCCAUCAUAGGUCUUUGUCCCUGCCGCAAGCCGUAGGCGGCUUCGGCUUCAGCACGCAAACCAUCGGCGCCGUGUUUCUCAGCGAAGCCGUCGUCCGCGUCGUGGUCCAGGCGACCCUAGUCCCGCUGCUCGUGUCCCGGUUAGGCGCGCUAUGCGCCUUCCGUCUCGUGCUCGUCAUCUACCCGGCCGCGUACCUGCUCACGCCGUUCCUGCCAGGGAUGCGCGUGCGGCCGCCGCUGCGGCUCGCGGCGCUGCUGCUAGACGUGUGGCUCAAGGUGGCGCUGUCGUCGGCGGGGUACGUGUGCUCGGCUAUUCUAGUCACAAACACGGCCCCCGCCGACGGCACGCUGGCGAGGAUCAACGGCGCCGCUGCGUCGUUCAGCUGCCUUGCGAGAUCUGUCGGGCCGCUCUUGACUGGCAAGCUGUUUGCGUUCGGCUUGAGGCUGGGCCAUUUGGAGGUCGCAUUCUGGACGCUGGGCGCCGUGGCGCUCCUCGGGGCGGUCGAGUCGCUGUUUCUUGCUGACCGCCCUUGA